AUGGCAACUCUCGAAGCGCUAAUCUCGCUGCAGAUGACACGUGGAUCCUUUAUCGAAGGCAUUUACACGGAGUCACAGGAGGAGAGCAUCCAGCAGUUCGGCGUGACGGCUCUGGAUUCCAAGCUCAUCAUGCUGGAAACGUAUUGGGCGAAGCUGGAAGCGUCCCAUGAGAAACUCGUCGGCCAGAAGAUCGAGAAUUUGACCUCUCUCGAUUAUUUUAAGAAUCAGGUCUUCGAUGUCGCGCUUAAGCAUUACGCUUCAGGUAGAGUAGCGCUGCUGCAGCUGUUGGAGAAGAAGGGGGCUCCUAACCUCAACCAAUCGGUUCGAGUUCCUGGCGACGCGCAACUACAGAGUUCAACGCGCAGAGCUCUUCUGGAGAUUGAAUUGCCGAAGUUCCCUGGAGUGUAUAAGGAGUGGAGGCCAUGGAGAGACCUUUUCCAUUUGCUGGUCGGGAAUAAUCUGGAGAUUCCUGGGGUCGAGCGAAUGCACUACCUCCGUCUGUGUCUCUCCAAUGAGCCGUUGAAGCUCAUCUCUAAUUUGCCCGUCUCUGAAGAUUCCUUCGGCAUCGCAUGGAGAAUCUUGGUCGAUCGAUACGAGAACAAGCGCUUAUUGAUUACAGCUCACCUUGACCAGCUUCUCAAUCCUGCUCCGAUGAAGACGCACGGUGCCUCAGACCUUAAUUUAUUGACGAGCUCCGUUUCUGAGGCACUCAGUACGCUCAAAGCACUGGAUCAGUCAACGGAACAUUGGGGUCCAAUCGUCGUCCACGUGCUCACUCGUCGCUUAUCCAACAAGCUUCGUGAGGCAUGGGAAAAUAAAAUCGGAGCAUCGACUGGGUAUCCGACGCUUGAACAUCUCCUCGAUUUCCUACAAGGUCGUUCACGAGCCAUGGAGACCUUGGAGGUUGGGUCUUCGGUGCAUACAUCGAACGACGCCUCUCGUCCUUCGCAGCCCAGCGUCCAGACUCGUUCGAUGACCAAGAGUAGUGCCAAGGUCAAUCAAGCCUCGGUGUCUUCGCAUGCGCAGCAGUCAGCCCAGAAAUCUCCCAGUCCAGCGCAAAUACAGUCCACAAAGUCGACGUCCUGGGCCGACGCGGGCUAUCCUUGUUCCUAUUGCAAGAUGGAUCACUACAUCGCUUCUUGCAGCGGGUUCAAGUCGCUUCUUCGUACAGCAAGGAAGGAGGUUGUCGAACGACUCUACCUGUGCUACAACUGUCUGGGGAAGCACAGUCUCAGAGUCUGCCAGACCACUCGAACGUGCAGGACAUGCCAGGAGAGGCACCAUUCCCUGCUGCAUUUUGAUCGCGCUCGUCGUCCAGCUCAACGUGGUCCAGCAUCUCAAGUCCCUCGCAACGAUGCAGGAGCUCAGCGCCCGAGUGCUUCUGCUCCAUCGACCAACGUGCCUGUCGUGACGUACACUCACACCGGAGUGAGACGAUCAUCGUUUGGGACAACGUCCGGCGAAGUACAUCUCACGCUGCAAUCGAUCCACUCAGAAGAACGCAUUGAAAUUACAGCUCACUCCCUUGAACGUCUCACCUCAACGCUACCGUCCUUCUCAGCAGAGGGCCUUAAGUGGGAUCAUAUCGAGGGUGUAGAGCUUGCUGAUCCUCAUUUCCGAGUCUCUGCACCAAUUGACCUUCUCGUCGGUGCUGAUGUUGUUGGUCAGGUCAUCAAGCCCAACGUGAUCAGAGGAGGGGUUCAGGCUCCAGUCGCUCAACUCACCAGCUUUGGCUGGAUUGUUUACGGGCCAGCGGGACCUGAUCAACCAACAUCUUGCUCUUCUCAUCACCUGAGCGUAUCGAACGACGAGCUCAACGACCUUCUCACGAAGUUUUGGGUUCAGGAGGAAGUUCCUGGGCAGGCUGACGCGAAUCUCUCAACGGAAGAAUUAGAGUGUGAACGCCACUUCCGUCAGACUCACUCAAGAGAUAGCUCAGGUCGAUAUGUCAUUCAUUUGCCCUUCUCAGCCCCAGUUUCGUCAUUACGGAGUGCCUAUCGUCCAGCGCUAGCUUGUCUUCAUCGUAUGCUUGCUAGAAUCUCAAAAGAUGCGCACUUUCUCCAGCUUUCCUCUGACUUUCUGAAAGAGUAUGAGGAUCUCGACCAUAUGAGAUUAGUAACUCGCUCGACUCAUCGCUCGACUCGCUCUUCGUCUUCGGUUCAGGCGGAUUUCGCUUGUCGUUCUGACGAGACGACCUUAGCACAUGAAGCGCAAGCUUCAGGAGGGUUGAGGGUCUCUGAAGGGCUUCAGGUAGGACCGUCUGACGCUCAAAGGAGUUACUAUCUACCUCAUCAUGGUGUAGUCAGAGAGAGCAGUGAAACGACGGAACUGAGAGUAGUGUUCAAUGGAUCAGCGGAGACCAGUUCAGGAAACUCACUCAACGACAUUCUCCACACAGGAGCCAAGUUGCAGAGGGAUAUCUCGGACGUGCUGCUUUGGUCAAGACAGCACAUAGUCAUCUUCAUGACGGACAUCACCAAGAUGUUCCGCCAGAUUAGAGUUCACGAAGAUGACUGGCCCCUGCAGCAGAUUCUAUGGACCGACUCAAGUGGAGAACUAGUCACGUAUCAACUGACAACAGUCACAUACGGCACGAGAUCAGCUCUGUUUCUCGCAAACCGUGUUCUUCUUCAGCUGGCUGAGGAUGAAGGACAUCGGCUCCCUUUGGCCGUCUCGCCUAUCGUGAAAGGAAGAUACGUUGACGACAUCUGUGGAGGUGCGGACACGCAUAACCAGCUCGUUAGGACCGCGCAAGAAGUUCGUUAUCUCUGCGCUGCUGGAGGAAUGCCUCUGGCAAAAUGGCAUAGUAAUAGUCCAGCGCUACUCCAGUGGCUCGCUCCUGAUAGUUCCUCCAAUGACCAGCGAGUUUAUGAGGAUUCCGAGACCCGGAUUCUUGGCUUGUCGUGGCAGCCCAGCUCGGAUAACUUCGUCUUCUCAAGUCGGACCAGCGAUGAAUCGAAGGUUUCUAAGAGGAAUAUCCUCUCAGAGAUCGCUUAG